AGUCGCCGCAGUAACGCGCGCGCCGAGCACUCCCAGCAUGAGCGCCCGGGUCGCUCGAGUCGCGCGGGCCCGAGGCUGGGGCGUCCGCUUCUCUCGCGGCGCCUCGAGCUUCCCGGUGCCCCCGCCGGGCGCCGUGGAUGUGGCGGAGCUGCUGCGGGACGCCACCGCGGCAGCGGAGGAGCCCUCGGCGGCGCCGGCGUGGCGGAGGACGCCCGGGCAGCGCUCCGUGCUGCUGUUCCCCGGCCAGGGCAGCCAGGAGGUGGGCAUGGGCCGCGGGCUGCUGGGCUUCCCGCGCGUGCGCGAGCUCUACGACGCCGCGCGCCGCGUGCUGGGCUACGACCUGCUGGAGCUCAGCCUGCACGGGCCGCAGGAGGACCUGGACCGCACCGUCCACUGCCAGCCCGCCGUCUUCGUGGCUUCCCUGGCCGCCGUGGAGAAGCUACACCACCUGCAGCCGGCGGUGAUCGAGAACUGUGUCGCUGCUGCUGGGUUCAGUGUGGGGGAAUUUGCAGCCCUCGUCUUUGCCGGAGCCAUGGAGUUUGCUGAAGGGCUGUAUGCUGUGAAGGUCCGUGCUGAGGCCAUGCAAGCGGCGUCGGAAGCUAUCCCCAGCGGGAUGCUGUCUGUGCUUGGCCAGCCACAGUCCAAGUUCGCCUCCGCCUGUCUGGACGCCCGGGAGCACUGUAGGUCCUUGGGCAUCGAGGAUCCCGUGUGCGAGGUGUCCAACUACCUCUUCCCGCACUGCAGGGUCAUCUCAGGACACCUGGAGGCCCUGCAGUUCCUCCGGCAGAACUCCUCCAAGUACCACUUUCGGCGCACCAAGAUGCUGCCGGUGAGCGGCGGCUUCCACACUCGCCUCAUGCAGCCGGCCGUGGAGCCCCUGGCACAGGCUCUGAAGGCCAUCGACAUUAAGCAGCCCCUGGUCUCCGUGCAUGCCAACGUGAGUGGGCACAGGUAUGCAAACGCCCAGCACAUCCGGAAGCUGCUGGGGCAGCAGGUGGUGUCCCCAGUGAAGUGGGAGCAGACCAUGCACGCCAUCUACGAGCGCAGGCGGGGCACCGCCUUCCCCAGGACGUGGGAAGUUGGCCCCGGGCAGCAGCUGGGCAGCAUCCUGCGGAGCUGUAACCUGCAGGCCUGGAAGUUCUACGACCAUGUGGACGUGCUGCGGGCUGGUGAGGAUCCAAGUGAGGUCCCAGACCCCGAGCAGUCUCUGCGGUGACCCCACAGGCCAGAGCCAGGACACAGUCUUCAGCCCCCGCAUAGAAGAGAGUGGAAGGAUUGCUUGCCCGUGCUUUGGAAGAACAAAGGUCUCUGUGGUGACCCAGUCUGUCCCCUCCCUCUGGGAAAUGCUCAUGUGCUAGGGACAAGGCGCAUGGUGCUUCCAUGGAGCUAGAUGUACUGUGGAUGGUGGGCCCCUGCCAGCCUGGGCAGGGCAACUCCUCUGGCCCUGUCUCUGCAAGGCCUCAGCAGCCAGCCUAGAUUCAGCAGCCAGCAACAGCUGGAAGACUUGAGUCCUGUGUCCCUCGUGUGUCCAGAAAGUGUAGCACACACCUGCUGUGUGCAGAGUCGUGGCAGGGACAGUGUACAGGUGUGGCCGAGCCGUGGGCUACAGAUAGGGGCACCCAGGUGUCCCACUGGUGCUGGUGCUGAACACAGCCUUUGUGAGCCACCUGAGCCCUGUGUGGUCUCUUGGUGUCGGGAACCGUGCGGUAACAUGCUCCUGGCAUGUCGUGUCUUUGGUAGCCCCUGCACAGGUGCAGGCCACGCUCCAGGCGCUUCUCGGUGGGGGCCCUGCUGGCCUAGGGGCAUAUGGACUGCCCCCUCUUUGGCAGCUGUCCCGAUGCGAGGGACACUGUCACGUUGCCAGGCAUUGUGACUCCACAGCCACACACGCUUCCACACAGCCCUGGCUGAGUGCCACUGCAGCUUAGGAACUCUUCAUCUUGGCCUCAGUGAGUACUGGCGGCAGCACGGGAAUUCGUGCUUCCCAAGACAGAAUCUUGUCUGUUGCCCAGGCUGGUCUUCCACUCCUGGGCUUGGGAUGCACCUGCCUCAGCCUCCAGGGUAGCUGGGACUAAAGGUGCACGCCAAGUGGGACCGUUCUGUGCGUCCUGGGGGCUGAAGCCAGGUUCACUGUAGCCCAGCUCUCUCUCUGUUUUAUCUUUAUCUCUCACCAAGUCCUGCAGGCUGGGCUCAAAUUUAUAAUUGUUUUGCCAGAGCCUCCCCAAGUGCUGGAUUAUAGGUGUGCACUAGAACACCCAGCUACAAAGAACUUUUUACAUAGCUGGGAUUGAACUCGGGGCUUUAUACCAAGGUACUUCCUCAGCCCCCAUUUCUUUCUCUCUUUCUUUUUU